AUGGCCUCCCAUCCUCCUCCUGCGGAGCCGUCUUCUGACUCCAACAAGGGGCAGAGCGAGCAGGAGGAGAUCCACGUCUCAUCCGGCGGCGUUCAGGCUUACACCGACGACGACGACUGCGAGAGCAGGCGCCCCUUGCUGCUCAGGGCUCCCGCCUCCGCCGAGUGCUACUCCGUCUCCGCCGCCGUCUUCCCGUUUUUCUUUCCAGCUUUGGGAGGCCUUCUCUAUGGCUAUGACAUUGGGGCAACAUCCGGUGCAACCAUAUCACUCAAGUCAUCGACAUUCAGUGGUACUACUUGGUACAAUUUGUCAUCUGUGCAAACUGGCCUUGUGGUCAGUGGCUCACUGUAUGGUGCUUUGAUCGGCUGUGUCUUGGCAUAUACAAUUGCAGACUUUUUAGGACGACGCAAAGAGCUUAUCCUCGCUUCUAUCUCAUAUUUGAUUGGAGUCCUUCUGACAGCAGUAGCACCCAACUUCGCUAUCAUGGUGGUUGGCCGCUUUUUAUAUGGCAUAGGAAUUGGAUUGGCUAUGCAUGCUGCUCCAAUGUAUAUUGCAGAGACAGCACCGAAUCAGAUAAGAGGCAUGCUCAUUUCUCUAAAGGAGUUCUUUAUUGUUCUUGGGAUGCUUCUUGGUUAUAUAGCAGGAAAUCUCUAUGUUGAAGUGGUUUGUGGUUGGCGUUACAUGUAUGCCUCCAGCACACCAUUAUGUCUCAUAAUGGGAGUUGGAAUGUGCUGGUUACCCUCAUCACCUAGGUGGCUCUUGUUAUGUGCCAUACAAGGGAAGGGAAAUCUGCCAGAGACAAAAGAAAAUGCAACCCGGUGCUUAUGUCGGUUGAGGGGUCAAGGUUCACCUGAUUUGGUCUCAGAGCAGAUUGACUUGAUUUUGGAGGAACUUUCGUAUGUUGAUCAAGAGAAGCAAGCUAGCUUUGGUGAGAUCUUUCAAGGAAAAUGUCUUAAAGCAAUGAUAAUUGGAUGUGGUUUGGUGUUCUUUCAGCAGGUCACUGGUCAACCUAGCGUGCUAUACUAUGCUGCUACGAUCUUUCAGAGUGCUGGAUUUUCUGGGGCAUCUGAUGCCACUCGUGUGUCAAUUCUUCUUGGCUUACUGAAGCUAAUCAUGACCGGAGUAGCAGUCCUUGUGGUUGACAGACUUGGCAGAAGACCAUUACUUAUUGGAGGUGUCAGUGGAAUUACUGUUGCCUUAUUUUUGCUGUCCUCCUACUACACUUUACUGAAAGAUGCCUCCUAUGUGGCUGUAAUAGCACUUCUACUAUAUGUUGGUUGUUAUCAGCUCUCAUUUGGUCCUAUUGGCUGGCUUAUGAUCUCAGAGGUUUUCCCGCUGAGGCUACGAGGGCGUGGACUGGGUGUUGCCGUUCUUGUGAAUUUUGCGUCCAACGCUCUGGUCACCUUUGCUUUCUCUCCACUGGAGGAUUUGAUUGGAACGGGGGCGCUCUUCUCUGGAUUCGGGGUGAUUGCUGUGGCAUCUCUUGUAUUCAUAUUCUGGAUCGUCCCUGAGACAAAAGGACUCACCCUGGAAGAGAUUGAAGCGAGUCUGUAG